ACUGUUUAUGAAGAUCAGCUGGAGAGGCAUCUUAAGAAAUGCAAUCAAACAAAAAAGAUUCAUGUGGUAAGUUUGUGAAGAUUUACAAAUUACAUGUGUAUAUACACCAUGUAGAUAAUAGACUAACAACAUAACAGCAUCUUCUUUUAAAGAUGCAACCUACCAGUAAUAAGGCUCAAUAUUAUUUUCUGCAGUUUGUGCCAAUUAAUGGAAAAUUUCAGGCUGUAAUUUCAACAAACUUAUUGUAGUGGUAAAUUUUGUGAGAAGCCUUUGCAAGACAAUACGUGCAGCCAUGUUAAUGGGCCACUGCAUUUCGGUGGUAACACAAUUUUGUAAGUACAUUUACAUAUACGUAUAUGUAAAGAAGGAAACAAAACUUUUCUGUGUAACACUCUUGAAUUGUGCAUGUAGUAGGCCACAACCACUGCCAUUGCUGGUGCUUUCUUGUGAAGUUUUAUACUCAUCUCUCUGGUAACUGAAGGAACUAGUUCCCCUUGUAUGUUCUAAUACAAUACUGUACUUUGUUUACAGUCAAUGCUGUGAAAUAUGUCAACAUCAAAACCCCAUGUGAAAGGAUAUUCCAUCCCUCUUAUAAUGCUUAUUUUUGUGGUAGUUUUUCAUGAUAGGCCCAGUAUAUUUGUACUUUUUUCUGUUACUUGUACUUUAUGUACAGCUUUAAUCUUCUGCAAGUUUGUAAUGGACAACAUACUAUUUGCUCAUUUUCUUGUGUACAGUUACAAUUAAGUAGGACACGUCUUUUCACUUCUUGUAGGUUUAUUACAGUGCAAACAUCAACUCUGGCAUUUCAAAUUAUGAAUUUUCCCCAGCAGAAAAGGUACAUUAGAUUUUGUGUUUCAGGUGUUUGUUUAUUAUGUUUGGGUUAUACACAGCAAAGGGAUGGAUUAUCAUAGCUUGUGCUAUUUUGUAUCCAAAGGAGGGAAGUGCCGACACUGUUGAAAUAUCUUUGACAUUCUUAGCCAGGGACGGAGAAGUCUAUAACAAGGCCUAAACAGUAAACAAUCAAACAAGCAAACAAAAACAUAAGGAUUGAAAUGGAUUAGACAAAAAUGGUUCGUUUACUAAAAGUAAUAAUAUAUUUCUGGAUUCAACAAAGAUUUAACCCCUAUUUCUGUAAUUAUGGCACUUAUUUGCCUGCAUUCACCUUCUGUCAGCUGAGCUAUAUUUUUUUUAUCUUCAGGUUUCGUUAAAUUCUGUUUCCCAAGAAAAAGUAACAAAAUUGAUAGAGAAAGUUAAGGCAUGCUGCAAAGGUGAAUAUUGUUUUUACAUGUAUUUGAAUAUAGACUGUUUGAAUGCUCAAAAGGGGUUUCUUCAUUCUGGCAUGAAAAUAAAAAGGUACAAAGAGUGGAAGAUAAAGAAUAAAAACACAUUUUUUAUUAUAAGUCAGCUCUUUUGCACAGCAUCUAAUUUGGAACAAUUAAAAUAAUUAUUAUGUUAGGAAUGUGAUAUGUAGUAGAAUAUAUAUUUAAAAAAUGAUUUAUGGUGUGAGAGUUGAUAUUUUUCUUUUUCAAAGAUGAAUAUUAUUAUUUAAUUAUUUUGUUUGUUUGAAUUAAUUUUAUUAAUUCUUUAAAUACUUCCUUUUUUGAUAGUAUUGAAUCUAGAAAAGUUCCUCAUGUUGUAUAAAACUGUUUAUUUGCCCUCAUGUAUAUAAUUAGUCAUAAAUUAACAGUCUGAUUUUUGUCUCAAUUUGGCAGCUCAUAUUCCAAAAAUUCCAGAAGAAAUACUUUCCCACCAGGUGUUUCGAGAAGAACUUUUAGAAAUGGCUAAUAAUGCUACCAUUUUGAAACAUUUAAAACAACAAGUAAGUUUUUGAGUCUUCAAUCUUAAUGCAUUACAUACUCUGUCAUUGCCAUUGCCAUAUUGUCUUUUUCAUUCAUGUCAUUUUCUUAAUUGUCUGUAAUUAAAAAUGCCUUGUUGCGGGUAACAAGAGGAGCCUGCAAUCCUAAUCUCCAGGUUAUUAUGCAUGCGUUGCUUGUACAGUGUAUGUAGCCAGCAUUUGUUUGGACUUCCACUAAGAAUGUAUGGAAUGUACAAAACACAAUUUGAUCAUGCGUUUCGUCCUUCUACCCCUCGUAGUGUGAUCCGCGCGUGUUUUGACCAUCUGUUAAGUGAAACUUAGGAGCAAUGCACAGUGUUGGAGCAAAAGAGUUUGGACCUCCGAUCAUUACUUCUCGCUCUCCCUAAACUUUGGUUAUUACUAGUAAUAAUAUAAAGACAUUUAUGGAAUUGUUGAUGGAUUGUGUGUUAUUAUCAAUUUUUUUUUGUGAGAGACUUGAGAGAGAAAAGACAGAAAUCUAUUUCUGGCAGUUUAUUUUUUGCGUAAAACCCCACCCCACUUCCCAAUUGGAGCAAGUUAUUAAUGAGUCUUCCUUCCAUACUCAGGUCCAGUUUUUGAUAUUAUUGAGUCCCAUUUUUAAAAUUUAUUAUUUUGUACACAUCUUGACUGCAUUUCCUUGAUAAACAGGCCUCUCUUAUUGGUCAUUUGGAACAACAACAUCUUCUUGGGCCAAAAACAACAUUUUUAGAAUUUGGAGCUGGAAGAGGUCAGUUAGUUUCCCCAAAAAUAGCAUUACCGUAAAGAAUGUUGUUUGACAAUUACAGCAUGUAAGCUUUGUGGACAGUCCUUUCCUGUCAGUGGUACUGUUUAUUAUAUUGUAUGAUGUACAAGGUGGUUCUAACUUUUGACUCUGUGGAUGAAGUCAUGAACUGUAACAAUUCAAAUGUACUGAAUAGAGCUACUGAACAACCUUUCCUGCAGUGCUGUUUACUAUGCUGUAUAAGCUGGUUCUGGUUGUAGUGUAGAGUCUGAACAUUGUUUGUUUGUAGGAAAACUGUCUCACUGGCUACAGUUGGCAGUAGGAAAUAAUACUACGGAUGUAAAUUAUCUUCUUAUUGACAGAGCAAAUAUUAGAUAUAAGGCAAGUGAAUACCAGUUUUUUAUUUGUGGAAAUUAUUUGGAAGGAUACUCUAUAACCAUUAUUUUUACCACUUUUCUUUAUACAAUCCCUCCACAAAAUCAAUGUUGGCAGUUGUAAUAUGUUGUUAUAUAAUACUGACAAAGCAGCUAAAUGUCUUUAAAUCUAACCCUUUGGUUAACCAAUCACAACUUGUAUUUGUUAUGUUCAAGUACACUGAACUGUAAACAAUCCUAGAAAAAGUUAAUGCCAAAUGAUAGUGCCCAGUGUCCUGAAGGUUUUUGAAGGGAAGCAUUAUGUGAGUCUUUUGUACUUUUAACAUGAUAAUAAUUUUCUUUUCUUGUCGUUAGUAUGAUCGUUAUCACAGAGGCGAGGAUCAAGGCCCAUCCUUCCAGCGAUUGAACUUGGAUAUUGAACACCUUGACCUUAGUGAGAACACAAUCAAAUAUAUAGCAAUGUAUAUCAAAGGUUUUGUGAGGAAAUGUCUAUCAGUAGUGCAUUAAUAGCCAACAUUUAGUGCAAAUUUUUGAGUAACAACAAGAAGGGUUAGGAUGUGUUGCUACAGCAGAUGUUGUGCAAAAGGGAUCCUCGCCCCAUGUAAGAGAAUCUGGAUUCCGGAAUCCGUGAAAUUUUUCCUUGUGGAAUCUGGAACCCUAGGCUUUGGAAUCUGGAAUACAGCUCAAGGAAUCUGGAAUACCGCUAACUAUUAGAAUCCAGAAUCCAAGUUCCACUGACAAAGACUGGAAUCCAGUACCUGGAAUCUGGAAACAACGGCGUAAAAUCCAGAAUCCAAGAGGGGCUUGGACUCCCUUGCAUUGGGCGAGGAUAUGAGGCUAUAUCUUGAUAUUGACUUUAAAUAAUUUAUGUACAACUGGGUGCUCUGUUAAACAAAAUGUUUUGUAUUACAGUGCCUUAGUGAGCUACCUUGGUGAAUGCCAAUAAUGUAUUUCAGCAAAACAGGAAAACAAGCUUCCAUUAGUAAAAUUUGGUAUUUUAGUGAUAAAUCAUUGUCAUUUUGUGUUGCAGGUAAAGUACCUUGCCUUAAAAAUAGAGAACAAAACAUUGUUGCAAUCAGUAAACAUUUAUGUGGAGCUGCUACAGGUAAGACAUCCAUUCCAGGAUCCCUUUGAGGGUGGCCUCCCUUUUGGUUGUCACACCACACUCCUUUUCGUAACGCGUUGCGUGUCGAGCUGAAGAUUCCCUGUGAACUGAAGGAAACCACCCGUAGAGCUUUUCCUUUGUGAUGUACAGAAAUUUUUACAUGGGUUCAGAUAGUUGGUGUGGAGCAGUUGCAUGAAGCAGUGUGUUUCUAUGAAAUCAUUAAUUGAACGAACUGAAUUGGAGCCGUUUGAUUCGUUCAGUGAUAGCGAGCACUUAGAGCAAUGCCAAAGGACUGGCAACUAAAAGUUGCUGUCCUCUUUGGUUUGACAUCAGAAACUUUUCUGCAUUUAACAUACAUGUAUGUUACAGAAAACCCUUCCUAAAAUUACUCUUUUUUUUAAUGCUUUAAUGGUGUACUCCUGAAUCAGUUCACUACUAUCCCCCUACUAUCUCAAUCUGCGAGUGUUAUAGCAGUACCAUUGGGAUCCACUUCUUCUACUCUUUAGGAAGAAUGGUGUGAUUCUUUCACGUCUCACGGGGGCCAGAUUGGGUCUGGGUGUUUUGUCCUUAUCCGAAAACUAUAUCGAUGUCUAACCUCUUUAGAGGUGAAACGAAAGGCAGCACAUUCUGUUCAGUUAUUUUAAGACCUUGAGUAUGGGUCUGGCCAGCAAUUGCCCCAGGCUUCAUGUGGCCGGUGGUGGAAAAGAUGAUCAACUGAGCUAACCAGUCGUCUGAAUAAUAACAACAAGACAGAUUCUUGCUUGUCGUAGAUUUAACUCUGAGAUGCUUGAUGGAGACAUUGAUAAAUUCUCAGAGCACAGAAGUCAGCAGCCCAAGUGCAGAAGAUAGUUUUGUUGAUCGGUGAGUACCCUGUAGACUGUCUUUGUCUACGUACUCCAAAUUGGAAAUGUUGAUUUUCGAGGAGAGUAAAUAGUUAACCUAACCCCCUGGAAAAAACCAUCGAAGCAAGGGUGAGAACCAACAAAAUAAGUCAUGUACACUGCAUCUCGUCGACAACUAAACUCAUGGUUCACUGCACAAGCACAUGCUCUGCACAGAGUUCAGUAUAUUUAAACUGGCGUAACGUUCCCGAAAAUACACCAAAUAAGGGCCCUUGUUACUUUUUACCCUCGGAAUUAGCGACCUGUUAGGGUCGCUAUUUUCAUUGGGAUGCCUUUUUUAGUGUUUCGUUAUUUAUUUUCCCGAGUCAAAAGCUGUUUACUUUUUAGACAACAGCUUUAAAAGUAAGCUGGUACAAAUGUAGCAUUAUUGGAAAAAAAUUUACUCCCAUGAAUUUUCGAAGAAUGAUACUGAACAGACUCUGGAUAUACCGCAAGUUGCUUGUUUACUGAGAAGUACAAUUCAUUGAAAAAUGAACUUCAGGUAAAACAGAUGUCUGUUUUGCACUUUGAGAUAGUACCGCAUCCUUCACACACCAGUACUUUUACAUCUAACCUUUUAAAAUACAGGGGAAGCAAGAGAUUAAAGAUAGCUCCCAGUGAAGAUUCGGUGAAAGGAAUAAUAUUGGCCCUUUGCUGUCACCAUUGUUGCUCGUGGCCUCAGUACGUUGGUCGGCCAUUUCUUCAGAAUCUGGGUUUUACAGCAGAGGAUUUCCAUUUGUUGUGCUGUUUAACUAGCUGGGCAACCUGUGGAAUAAGGGCAAAGAAACGUCAGAAAGGAAAUACUGGGGAAACUGUUGACGAUCACACAGGUAACAGUUUGUUUGUUGUUAGUCAGUAUUAUUUGAUUUUAAAAAGUAAUAUUCAAUUUAAAACUGUGAGCUGGUCUGGUACUGGUUUGAUGUGCUGAGACGAGCAAGCGCUAUAAGCGCGGGAAAAAAUGAGUCCUGUGCUAAAGCGCGGGGCGCCUGUGUAAGGCUCCUAGGGCGGGAAAAAACUGGUCUGUGCUAAGGUGUCGAGCACCUGUGUUCGGCUUCAAGCGGGGGAAAAAUUAGUCUUUGCUACAGCGCGAGAGCAUCUGUGCUUGACUCCAAGCGCGGGAAGAAAUUUGGUCUCUGCUAUAGCGCGCAUUACCUGUGUUCGGUUCAAAACGCAGUAAAAAAUUGUUCUGUGCUAAAGCGCGGAAACAGUUACCUGUGCUUGGCUCCGAACUUCCUCCUGUACUAUUGCGCGGAAACCUGUGUUCGUUCUAAAUACUACCUAGGGCGGAAUUAUAGCGCAUGGCACUGGUGACAGGGAGAAAUCUGACCCCGGUAAUCGCUGAAUCACUAUAUGCGCUGAAAAACCAAAUAUCGCUGGCGUAAGGGCGGGAAUCGACUUGGAACUGAGAUAUUAAUCUUCCUCUCGGCUUUCAGUGCAGCAAGUGCUAUAAAAUGACAUUUGUGGGAAAAUCUUACGGAAACACUUCAAAUUACCGAAAAACAGCCAAGUAUUACAAAGAAACAAACUGCGAAAACAUGGAGACCGAUAUAAACCUGCUAUGAAACUCACGAUAAUUGUACCACUUUCUGUCAGGUUCUUAGCGCUGUAGUGCGUAUGUUUAAAUCGCGAGACAGCUUCUGUAACUGAGUUAUCGUUAAUUUUUAAGUUUCAGGAAGUGAUAACGAAGACUGGGAUAGUGACAAUGAAAAUGGCCACAAUACUAUGACAGAAAAGGCUUUAGUUAAAGAGGGAAGAAAGAAUGAAAGCCCUGAUCAAGAUAGGUAUUGUUGUGUGUAAUUAAUUAAUGCGUUGUGCCUUUUUAUCAAGCCUAAUAGAAAAAGAGAAGUAGUGACGUCACAAAAACUAAAUUUAUGAAAUGAUGGGAUUGGUUGGCAUAUCCAAACAAGGUAGAAAGUGUUCACUUCCUAAAAAUCAGCCUGUUGGUGCAAAUUGGUGAGGAGAUAUGAGCGCCGUAAUGCUCCGAUGCUCUAUAUAAAUCCUUCUAAAAUAGCCCUAGAUGGUUAACGUUAUGAUCCAAGCCAAGUUUUAGAAGGAUUUGUAUGGAGUCAUCAGAGCAAACUGGUGCUUAUAUCCACCCAACAAUUUUCACUAACAGGCUGAUUUUCAGCAAAGAGGCCUUUUUCAUCUUCUUAUUUCUGAAAAUGCUUACCAAUCUCAUAAUUUCACAAAUUUGAAUUUUUGUGACGUCACACUUCUUUUCUCUAUUUAGUUACGCUGAAUAGACUAGGGGCUCACACUAUUCGCAGCCUUCGAAUCAGACUGUCGAACUAAGUGGUAUUUUUAGAUAGACCCGAAACAAAUCAAAAGAAAAAUAACUCCAAAUUUGUACCUGACUUUGACAAACCUUUGCGCGAUACUUGUAGCAAAAACAUCCGAGCUCUAAAGCUGCGUUUCAUUUUCAUUGCAGAUGGUCGCAAUUCACGGUAUCAGAAAGAGAAGAAAUAGGCCGACAGUGUAAGCGACUCAUAGAUGCUGGCAGGCUGUGGUAUCUUGAGUCACGUGACUUCAGCGCGAAGCUGGCUUUCUAUGUAGAUUCAACUGUGUCAUUAGAAAAUGCAGUUCUUAUUGCAACUCCAAGGACAUAA